AUCGGUAUUUUUUCUUUUCUCUGCACCAAUAUUAGUUAAUUAAUAUUCUAAACGUUCUUCAAUAAAGAUUACAUUAAUUAUUAGGAAAAAGACGCCGGUAAAAAAACAGUGUGAAAAUUUUUAACAUUACAAUACUAGCUUUGUUUGAACUUUGGAUGUUUUCCAAAAUUAGAAUUUAACAAAUAUUAAGGACGGAUAAAGGUGCGAUAAAAUAGAAUGACGGGGCGGCUCCAGUCGCCGUUGUCUGUGGACGAAUCGAUGAAAAGUGAGAGUGGUGUGCUCCGGGACUACUACAGCGACACAGACUACCUGGUGUCGCCGAGCGGCGUAUUGAAGAUUGCAUCUGUUGUGGUGUCGGUGACGGCGGCGGCGCUGUUCCUGGGCGGCGGCAGCUGCGGCGCGGCGCCGGGGCUGGCGGCCAGCGCGCCGUCCGUGGCGCUGGCCGCGGCCGCCGCCGCCGCGCUGCUGUGCGCCGGCGCCGCCCUGCGCGUGCCGCUCUUAGCGCCGCAGCUGUGGCUCUACACGGAUAUAAUAGUGUCGACGGUGAUGGGUGUGCUGCUGCUGGUGUCCGCCAUCCUGAGCAUGACGCUGUGCGACCUCGCCCGCCCCCUCGACUAUGUACACGGACCCCUGAGCGUGGGUAGCGCGUGCAUGGUGGUGGGCAGCGCGGCGCUCACGUACGGCGCCGUGUCGCGCCGCCUGCGCCGCCUGCAGCCCGCCGUCGAGCCGCCGCGACCCGUCCUCGUCGAGCAGGACGUCUGACCGCCCACGCCCACGUCCACGUCCGCGGCACACGCGCGUGCGCGAUCACGUCACACAUGCCGCAGUUGCCUAGUGAUUUGCGUGCCAAUUUAUUGUCAUAAGUAAACUUAAAGCAGCACUUGGAGCUCCUUCAUGGAAUUAUCGAAAAUAGUUUCGAUUUAUCGGCAUUGCAGGCUAAUGAUAUUUUCGGGUCCAACUAGGUGUUGUUAUAAGAGAAAUAGAUGUCAAAUCUCUUUAUAGUAAUGAUUACGUAUUUACUCGUUUAUAGCAUACUAAAAUGUAGUUAGACAAGACAAAAUGUACCGUAAAUAAAUGUUCUAUUUUUGUCUUUAUGUUUAUGUGAACAAUAUUAUCAUUUUAUGUUUAAAAGAAUGACUGAUAUUUUAGUUUAAGGCGUUUAAUAUAUAAUAAAGAUCUAUGUUUUCAUUUAAA